CAGAAACUUUAUCUAGUGAUGUCAUGCAUCGACACAAAGGUGGAAAGUCUGAUUACAACGAGGAAAUUCGGCUCUCUUAAGACGGGUAUUAUCGUAUUUAGCUAGAAAAAACUUCUCAAAGUCCAGAUGCAUUUUUGGUAUCACAUCGCUGUUUUGCCCAAUUUUCUUCUCGGAAUAUUCCCAUUCCUGAGUCUUGGUCAGCAUUCAGUUAGGCAAGGCAGACAAUUUUACAAACUGGCGGACAGUUAUCUGGUGGGAAACACAACAUGGACAAGACACGUAAAGGACUAUUUUGACUGUUCCUUCCUCUGUCUGGAGCACGAACUAUUCGCUUGCUUGUCGUUCAAUAUGGCUCGGAAUAGUGACAACGGCUAUUAUACCUGCGAAUUAAGCAGUUCAGAGAGAUCUCUUGAGCCGCAAAGAAUAGAAGAAAGGCUCGGCUAUGAUUAUUAUGGCACAACUACUGAAUCUCUUUUCAGGAUAUCUCCAUGUUCUAGUAAUCCGUGUAGUAAUGGAGGGACGUGCUCUCAAGGCAAGCGGUCUGGUGAAUUUUCCUGCCAGUGCCUUCCACAAGUGACCGUGCUUCCGUUUAUUGACAACAAUUGUAAUAUUGACACGAAGAAGAUGGUUCGCUACAAAUCUGUGGAAGGAGUGUUUCAUACUAAAACAGGCAGGUAUAUGCUAAGCUAUGAAAAUGCCAAACGUUUAUGUGCACUUCAAGGAGCACAAUUGGCCACAUACAGCCAACUACACAAGGCCUGGAAAGCUGGUGCUAAUCACUGCGCGUAUGGAUGGUUAAUUGAUGCCACCGCGCGCUACCCAAUGCAGACGAAAAAGGGAGAUUGUGGAAAUAAAGUUGGCGUCAUUGGCUCUUCUUCACCAAUAUCCAAAACCAGCACCUACAACGCUUGGUGUUUUAAAUAA